AUGGACCUUCUUCUGGCUUUGAUUUUAUUGGUAAUGACAUCAAGCGGACUUGAAGCGUUUGAAACACAUCGCCGUAUAUGCCAUUCAAACGAGGUAGAUGUUGGAAUUCGCAAGGCAUCAUGGGAACCUGUUGCGAUCCAUACGUGUGUACCUGGCCCUCGAACACAUGAAUGUUUUGCAAUUGUGGGUACUGAUGGUUUCAACUGCACAGGCGAUUUUCAUCUGCAGGGUGGAUUGCCUCAUCAACGCAGCAUGUGCUGUAACAGAUUGAAUCACCAAUUGGUCGGGUGUACACUGCCUUUAAGAUCUUUCUCUUUUCAACGGGGCUUUGACAUUCAACUUGGAACCAAAGUAAUUAGAAGCAUCAAACCGAGCCCAACACAGAGUGAUAUAACGGCAUUUCGGGUAGAGAUUUGUAGUCUUUUCCCUCCAGCAUAUGACCCGUUUUUGAAGAAGUGAACAGCCAAAGCAUACUGAAUUGUUUUUAAACAACUCUGAAACCAGUGAAGUGUGACGACCAAUAUCAAAAUCAGCAAAACUUUUUGGAAAUGUUUGAUCAUAAAAUACAUCAGUAAU